AUGGAGUAUCACAGGCUGGAUUUGGUCCAUCAAGGCGUGGAGUCGUUCGAGGGACUGGCUGAACGAAAGGAUGAGAACUUCCUCGUAAUAAAUCUGCAGCGCAACGGACUCACCAGCUUUGAGUUCUUUGGCACACACCCGUAUCUCAUCGAACUGUAUUUACAGCACAACAACAUUGAGUCGUUUCGCGGGCUCACUAGGCAGGUCUCUCUCAGGUCGCUGCAUCUGCAGGGGUGCCCGGUCGCAUGCCACCCAUACUACCGUCUCAUGGCGCUACUCACCAUCGGCUUCGGUCUGGAGGAUGUAGAUGGCCUUCCUAUCACCUCCCAAGAGCGACACGUCGCGAAGGCGCUUGGGAAGAGGGCUGCGCUAGCGGUGAGUUACGGGUGGCUUUUAGAUCUUCAUCCGCGCACCAGCGCCGAGUACGAUGCCAUCAUCGACGAGUUCAGGCGCCUUCGAAGGGAUGAGUACAAACGAACACAGAGCAGCCGCUUGGCGAGUGUCAAAGCCGUGUUGGCCAAUCUUGACCGCACGCAGAGACAGCACGGCCACAGCACAGCAGCCGAGCUUCAGAUGACUGAACGAGAGAGAACAAUCACGCGGCUGACACGGCGAGUCGCGCAGCUGGAGUGUCAGCUUGCCGCCUCGUCGUCAGCCCACGCGGUCCCGCUACUUCCACCCACGGAAGCAGCUGUGGGGGUUCUUGGUAACAACAACAGGGUUUCGUCCUCUAGUGGGCUCUUCUCGGCUGCCGAACUUGCGUUAAUGGACAAGAUGAGCUUCCUGCAAGGGAUUCAGCUCCGCCACAACCUGGGCAGCGAGCAGGGCGACUUUCAUCGCGUCUGUCUUCAGAUUGACCAUGAAACGCUGACUGCCGAGUCCUUCUUGUCCCGCGAUCGCCUUGUGCAACUCACCUUGCGCUCUCUCCGCGUGCGUCAUGUUCGUCCUCUCACAUUGGCGGCAACGGAUGCAACCGGUGGCACAGUGGAGCUGCGCUUCGAUUCGCUUCCGCUCCUGCAGGCUGUUUACAAGGCGCUGUUUCUCCUCAGUGCCCGUCCUGUGCCACCGCUCUCGGUGACCACGCAGGGGGAGUUGCAGGUGGUGGAAAGUGUGCGCCGCCACUCCCCCAAAGCGCUGACGCUCUCGGGGUCGCCGCUGACCUCCUUUAGUUUGUCCGAGGUGGGGCAGAGUAUCUCGUGGUGUACCGCGUCAGAACAUCCGGCGAACGCAACCAAGGCCGGGGUGCUGACAUCGACACCAUCAGCUAGUAACAUAGAGCGUGGCGCGCCCGCGGCGAAGCACGUGGAGACACUCGACAAUGUCACGGAUGUUCCUCCUUUGCCGGCGGCCUACUCAAGCCCUAGCUCUGCGGGGCGGUCUCACCCUGACUAUUCGGUGAAGGCGACACGAAAGUCGCGCACCGCUGCUGCGGUGACAAAGGACAACUUUGCACCUGAGGCACUUGGCGCGGCGAGCCACGACUUCGAUGCAUCGGUCGCACAGGUCGAUGGCGCCCUGUCGAAGUCUACAAAGGCAGAGACUGUCGAAGUGUUUCCCGCGAUAAAGUCCGAGGGGCUUGAGAGUCUCGUGCUCAAGAGCAUCGAUUCUGAGUCGGUCGUCUUUCAAAGCGAUACCAGGGGCCAGAGCCAUGCGUCGGAGGGGGGCGUCAUUGUACCUGGCGUAGAAGAGAAUGCAGUGCAACCACCUCGUGUACCGCCUCUGGCGCCAGCCAAUGCCGCACGACCUGCUGGCAGCUCUAAAGCUCCUCCACCUCUGCGCGUCCCGCCUCGGAAAACGCAGGCGGGGAGGACAUCCGCGACUUCAUCUGUGUCCAGCGUGGAAGUGAGAAGUGGAACAGACGCGGCGGCGGCGCCGGGGAGCACAGCUCUUGCAAGCGUCGGAUCGUUCGGCAGACCUGGCGCUGCCUCGCAGAGGUCCUCCAUCGUUUUCAGCGGGAGACCGGAGGGGAAACAGACAAGCAGCGCCAGUUUUCAAGUUGCCAAGUCGGAUGGCGGCAGUGCGGCAGCUAACACCGCGCGGCCGUCUCCAAAGGACUACGCUAAACCAGCGUCUACCUCCCACUUUAGGUCACUGCUUAUCGAUUCGGAUUCUGACUCGAACCACUGA